UGUGUGCAGUAUGAAGCAUAAAACCUGAAAGAUUUACAAGAUUCACACACUUAUCAAACCAGCUGAGCACAACAGGCAGGUUGUAAUCUCACAGGCGCCUUUCUAGAUCUCCUGAUAGCAUUGGCUGCUUCAUUCCUGAGCGUCGUGUAGAAAUGGAGGGGAUUGUAGAAGACUGUCUGGGUUUUCUAUACGAUCUGCUGGUGGUAAUAUGUGUUGGGGUGCUGCUUCUGCGGGCUGCUGAGGGCCGGUCAGUGAGGUGGUUGGUGUUGCUCAUGGUUUCUGGAGGGAUCUUAAGCUGCUUGGUCCAUCCAAGCGCCCUUAAAGUGGGGAUUGUGAGUGUGCUGUGUAGUGUCAUCCACUAUGUAGGGAGAGAAGAGGUCAUGUUGCCAACUCAAAACAAGGCAGUACUUAUCACAGGUUGUGAUUCGGGUUUUGGUCAUGAUCUGGCCAGGUUUUUGGACAGCGCUGGGAUGAGGGUGUUUGCAGGGGUUCUGGAUGAACACAGUCCUGGAGCUCUGAAGCUGAAGAAAGAUGCAUCUCAAAACCUCACUGUCCUACAGUUAGACAUCACCAACAGCAGCCAGAUCACACAGGCACAUCAGUACAUCCAGAGUCAAACAGGCAAAACAGGACUUUGGGCACUUGUGAACAAUGCUGGAGUGCUGGGAUAUGUUUGCGAUGGAGAAAUUCUGCCAAUUAAAAUGUAUAAAAAAUUCCUAGAUGUGAAUUUUAUUGGUAGUGUGGAGAUGACUCAAGUCUUUCUGCCUCAAAUACGACAAUCAAAAGGACGACUCAUCAGUAUAGCCAGUAUGGCAGGAGAAGUUCCACUUUCUGGAUUCGCAGGAUAUGGGGCGUCUAAAGCAGCGCUGAUCUCCUUCAGUGGAGCGAUUAGACAGGAACUCUCACGCUGGGGAGUCAAAGUCAUCAUCAUUCAACCUGGAGCUUUCAAAACAAAUAUUUUGGGCAACAGAGAGCAGUGGAAUAGUGCUCAGGAGGACAUCCUCAGUGGUUUGGCUCAGGAAGUGAUGGCGUCUUAUGGAGAAGAAUACAUCCGCUCAAUGCAGCGGCGGCUGGUCAACAUGUCUUCAGUAUCAAGCUCAGACAUGGGGCCAUUUCUUGAGGCUUUAAAGCAUGCCAUACUGUCCCCAAGACCAAAGCCCUUCUACUACCCCGGGGACUCUGCGUGGGCUCUUCCAUUUCUCUACAGACACAGCCCCACUUCACUGUCUGACAGAGUCUUCUCACAAGUCUUUCUGAGCAGUGAUGAGCAGCCAGCAGAACUCUUGCACACUUGAGUUGUGACUGUUUACUGAUACUAAUAGACUUGCAAACUUAA